UUUACCGCUGAUAGCUGACCUUCUCGCUUCAACUUGAAGUGAAAAGAAAAUAAAAAUUUUGUUUUUAAAAAAUGUUUUAGAAAAUCUUACAUGAAAAUAAAUAUAUUUUCUAUUUGAAUAAAAUCUAUUUUUGUAAUGCAUUAUGUUUUAUAAUCAUCUUUUGGGUCCAUUUUAUUUAUUUAACCAGUUAAAUCGUUCAUUUUCAAGUGAUCCUCCAACUCACUACGAUGUUCUGAAUCUCAAGAAAAAUUGUACUGCUGAAGAAAUUCGGGAAGCUUUUCUAAUACUUUCAAAAAAGUUUCAUCCAGAUGUUAAGGGGGCAAACACAGACCCAAAAGAUACAGCAAAGUUUGUAAAAAUUUCAGAAGCUUAUCAGGUACUAAGCAAAUCAAUCACUCGCGAUGCUUACGAUCAAGAUUUAUUGACAAGAAGCUUUGGUGGCGGCGGAAGCACAAGCACAAGUAGAGGUUUUAAAAAACCAGAAGUUCAUAGGCCAUGGGAGGUAAAACCAAACUUCGAUCCUAAUCCUGGUCCCUAUUAUGGCAUCAAAGGAGUGCGAAAAGUUUCCAAUGCAACCAUAGUUAUGCUACUAAUAGGCUUCGCAACUAUCGGAGUAGCAAUUGGUUUCAUGUCUGUAAGGAAAUCCUUUGAAAUGAAUCGCAAUCAAUUAGAUAUCACAUCUAAGGAAGCUGGAGAACAUCAUGCCGCUGUGAGAAUAAAUGCUCAAAAGUUUGGCAACGAUGAGCAGUUGAAGAGAAUGGUCGAUAGAAUGUUAAACAGGCCCACAUGAGUUUGAAAGCCGUAGUUUCGAUUGAGACAUAUGUUACUUCUCAUAGCAGAAGCCUGUGGAUUUUAUUAUUUGUAGCAAAUGUUUGUAAUUUAGUAGAUUGAAUAAAGAUGAGAUUUGUUUAAAGACUAA